UCGAAGUGGUGUUAUGUAUACAACCCCCAAGGUGCCGGAGAUAUGCAAAUUUCUCUUAUGAAAUCAGUAAGCAUGCAUGGUCUACAAAAGCUCAAGGGAGUUGAUAUUCAGGGAGUACAAAAUGUCUAUAUUGAUGCUCCAAAUAUUGAGAAAAUAUAUUAUGGUGCUGACAGUUAUGAGCCCUCCAAGAUGAAUUUUGAUAGUUGUGGAAAUUUGAGAGCUUUGACCUUAAUGAAUAUGAAGAUUGAAUUUCUUUUUACAGAUAUAUGGUUUCUUCAUCUAUCUUCCAAAUUUCCUUUCCUUGAGAGUUUGGAAUUGGUUGAAUGCUCCAUGUAUGAGAACAUUAAUAUUUCAAGUUCUCAACUCAAGGCUUUGGUGUUAUCUAAUUGCUCUACCAUGGAUAAGCUUGAAAUUGACACUCCAAAUCUAUUAUCAUUUCGAUACUAUUAUGCUGGUGAUGACUUACCUUCCAUAUCUUUUCUAAGCUGUUCUAAUCGACUGGAUGUAAAUGUUCGGUUCAAUAUGAUUCAUCCACGUCUUUACCAGUUGGGGAAAUUUGUCAAACAGUUUAAACCACAAAAGUUAUUGACAUCACUCUCCCUCUCCAUCCGUCCUUGCAUCCCUUCUGAUGAGAGUUUUUAUGAUCAUGAAUAUUAUUUUUGGGAAGACCCAUAUUCAUUGCCACCUACAUUGCCUGUGCCAAGCAUCAAAAACUUGGUCAUACGCUCUGUUCGGGAAGAUAAAUCUAAGUAUUCACUUCUUGUGAAUCGCUUGUUCUAUGGUUGGUGCCCAGAAACUAUUUCAUUGAGCUUGAACCCGUCUCAUUGCACCAAAGCAUUCAUUGAGUUUUUCUACUGGUGGCUACUCGAAACCAAAAAGGCAAAGGGCAAGUUUUGCUCCUAUUGUUAUCCCAAGUCUAAGUGUUGGUUUCAUGGCUUGAAGGAUGUCAAGGUCACAAGCUCAGUCAAGAAUGAUGUGAAUGUUGUUGAUUUUGUUCAUCUCAAAUCUCUCUUAUGUGGAUUGUCAAGUUCUGAUAAUGCAAAUAUUAGUUUUAGAUUAAAGUAGUAUUUAUCUUUUUUUUAGUUAGUAACUCAUUUACAUUUCUUUCUUUAAUGUUUUAUCUUCCAUAGAGGAGGAAGUUUUGAAUGUGUGAAGGUUUCUAUAAUAACAAACUCAAUUUUGUUUUUAA